AUGGCUCCGAGUUCGCGUCCCAACUUUCUCAUCAUUCUAGCCGAUGAUCUAGGAUAUAGCGAUAUUGGCUGCUUUGGAAGCGAGAUUCGCACCCCGAACCUCGAUACCCUUGCUAGCAAUGGCGCCCGCUUCACAGACUGCAUCCCAACGAGAGCUAUGCUCCUAAGUGGUACAGAUAACCACAUUGCUGGUGUCGGCGUAAUGAGUGAGCAGAAGGGUAGAGAUCCCGAGAGGUGGAAUGUACCUGGCCACGAAGGAUUUCUCAAUCACAAUGUGGCCGCCGUUUCUGAGAUUCUACAGGAUAAUGGCUACCACACUCUGAUCAGCGGGAAAUGGCACCUUGGUUUGCGAACGGAGAAUAACCCAGCUGUCAGAGGCUUUGACCGCUCUUUCGCACUGCUUCCUGGGACGUCAAAUCACUACGGCUGGGAGCCGCAGUUUGGCAAGGAUUACAUUAACUUCUUCGUCCGCAUCCCAGUCCUUUAUACCGAAGACGGCAAAAAAUAUGACGUUGAACCCAACUUAAACCACGAUAAGAAAGGCUUCUUCACAUCUGACUUUUAUACCGACAAUUUGAUUAAUUACCUGGACGAUCGCUCCGAAGCAGACAAAGAGAAACCCUUUUUCGCAUACUUACCCUUCUCGGCACCGCAUUGGCCACUGCAGUGUGCUAAGGAGGAUCGUGACCGGUACAACGGAAUGUAUGAUGACGGGCCGGAUGCGCUCCGUAUCAAGCGCAUGGAGCGAAUGAAGGAACUAGGGUUGAUUCCUAAGGACAUUCGCCCGCAUGAUGUUGUGGUCGGGCCCAUGAACACGGAGUGGGACGAAAUGACCGACUACGAGCGUCAAUGUUCUGCUCGCUCUAUGGAAUGUUUCGCUGGUAUGGUCGACAAUAUUGACCAGAACGUUGGGAAAAUCGUGGACUAUCUGAAGAAGACUGGUGAAUUUGACAACACCUUCAUUGUUUUCCAGAGUGACAAUGGUGCCGAGGGAGCAACAUACGAGGCUCUUCCCACCAUGGGAGCUGAUCUCAUGCGGGUUAUCAACGAGUACUAUGAUAACUCUCUAGACAACAUUGGGAAUGCCACGUCGUUUGCCUGGUAUGGUACACGGUGGGCCCAAGCCUCGACAGCACCAUCACGUUUAUAUAAGAUGUUCACAACCGAGGGAGGCAUCAACGUACCAUUUGUCGUCCACUACCCGAAAUUUUCCCGCGAGCGCCAGAAUGGAACUACCAUCCGCGCCUUUUCCAGCGUGAUGGAUCUGACCCCGACAAUGCUUGAUCUUGCGGGUGUCACCCACCCGGCGGCCAACGGGAAGCCAGCCCAAUUCCGUGGCAGAGAAGUUGCACCAAUGCGAGGCUCAUCUUGGGCCCCAAUCGGACAGGUUCCCUUCAUGAUGGGCGAUGGCCUGAAUUCGCCCGAUGCCAUUCACGGUGAUACAGCUAUGGGCUGGGAGCUGUUCGGAAGAGCGGCCGUGCGCAAGCUUAACUGGAAGCUCGUGAGCAUUGAGAGUUCGAUGGGCGGUCGGAAAGACGGUGGCUGGCAGCUAUAUGACUUGUCUUCUGACCCUGGGGAGACAGUGGACCUGGCGGAUGAGAAGCCUGAGAAGGUCAAGGAACUACUCGAGAUCUGGGAUCAGUACCGCAAGGAGACGGGCGUAGUCUGGGGUACUCCGAUCAAGUUUGUCGGCGAAGAGUGGGAUGGUAAUGAUGAGGAUGGAAUUAUCGGCGGAGAUGCGAUCACGCAGACAAAAGCUUGGAUGAAAGUGAGGAAGAACGAGGCUCCACCAGUCAAGAGUUGA